UCUUCGCGUAAGAUGAAUUGAGUAAAACACUGCUCUAGUGCACUUUUAAUAUCUUUUUCCGUUUUCUCCGGCUUAAUGGCAAAUGCAAGAGACGCUUUGACAACUUUCCUUUUUUUCUCUUCUUCUUUUUCGGGUUUAGCUGACGAAUCAGUUUGCAAUUGUCAUCAUUCCCAACCUCAUCAUCCUGUUUCCCAUUUCAACUAAGCAAAGAUGGUUUUCCUACAACAGGCAAAUAUGAUGGCAUCUAGAAGGACAAAAUCUUUGUUCGCCAAUGCUGUAAAAGCUUCAACUUUGGUUCCUUCUUCUUCUCAACGUACCUUUGCUACCUCUUCUCCCGCUUUGGCACACAAAGAAGUCAAAUUUUCCAACGAAGUUCGCAGUUCCAUCUUGAACGGUGUUAACUUGUUGGCAAAUGCCGUUAGUGUCACUUUGGGUCCUAAAGGUCGUAAUGUGAUCAUCGAACAACCAUUCGGAGGACCAAAGAUUACAAAGGAUGGUGUCACUGUUGCCAAAUCAAUUUCCCUCAAAGACAAAUUCGAGAACUUGGGUGCUCGUCUCGUUCAAGAUGUUGCAAACAAGACCAACGAAAUCGCAGGUGACGGUACCACAACUGCUACCGUUUUAGCCCGUGCCAUUUACGCAGAAGGUGUCAAGAACGUCGCUGCCGGAUGCAACCCAAUGGAUUUGCGUCGUGGUGCUCAAGCUGCUGCUGAUGCCGUUAUCAAAUACUUGGAAGCAAACAAGCGUGCAGUCACAACAAGUGAAGAAAUCGCUCAAGUUGCCACAAUUUCUGCAAACGGUGAUCAACACGUUGGUCAAUUGAUCGCCACUGCUAUGGAAAAGGUUGGUAAGGAAGGUGUGAUCACAGUCAAAGAAGGACGUACACUAGAAGAUGAAAUCGAAAUCACUGAAGGUAUGCGCUUCGACCGAGGAUACAUUUCACCUUACUUUAUCACCGAUGUCAAGACACAAAAAGCUGAAUUCGAAAAGCCAUUGAUCUUGUUGAGCGAAAAGAAGAUCAGUCUUUUGCAAGACAUUUUGCCUUCUUUGGAAGUCGCUGCUCAACAACGUCGUCCAUUGAUCAUCAUUGCUGAAGAUAUUGACGGUGAAGCUUUGGCAGCCUGCAUUUUGAACAAAUUGCGUGGUCAAUUGCAAGUUUGUGCUAUCAAGGCCCCUGGCUUCGGUGACAACCGUAAAUCUAUCUUGGGUGAUUUGAGUAUUUUGACAGGAGGAAGCGUCUUCUCCGAUGAAUUGGAAACCAAAUUGGACCGGGCAACUGCUGACCUUUUGGGUACAGCUGGUAGCAUCACCGUUACAAAGGAAGACACAAUCUUCCUCAACGGUGAAGGUGACAAGAACGCUCUUGAAGCACGUUGUGAACAAAUCCGUGCUGCAAUCAACGAUACAAACACAUCCGAAUAUGACAAAACCAAGCUACAAGAACGUUUGGCCAAAUUGAGCGGUGGUGUUGCAGUGAUCAAGGUUGGAGGUGCAUCUGAAGUUGAAGUUGGAGAAAAGAAGGACAGAUAUGAUGAUGCAUUGAAUGCAACCCGUGCUGCUGUUAGCGGUGGUGUUUUGCCAGGUGGUGGUGUUGCAUUGUUGAAAGCAACUGCCGCUUUGGAUGGUGUAAAGACUGCCAACUUUGAUCAAGAAUUGGGUGUUUCAAUCAUCAGACAAGCAAUCACAAGACCAACCAAGCAAAUUUGCGAAAAUGCCGGUGUUGAAGGUGCAGUGAUUGUUGGACGUUUGUUGGAAGCAAAGAAUGAGCCAUUCGAAUUCGGAUGGGAUGGAAGUGAUUCUCAAUUCAAGGACUUAUUCAAAGCAGGUGUUAUUGACCCAUUCUUGGUCGUUCGAUCUGCAUUGGAAGGAAGUGUUGGAAUUGCAUCUCUAUUGUUCACCAGUGAAUGCUCAGUCGUUGAAGCACCUGAAGAGAAGGGACCAGGUGGACCACCAGGAAUGGGCGGCAUGGGAGGAAUGGGAGGUAUGGGCGGAAUGGGAAUGAUGUAGAAAAAGAAGUGAACCAUUCUUGACUCCAUACUCUCUGCAUUUGUCUUUUUUCUCUACAACGCAAUCACC